AUGUCUGACAAUGUGAGUCAAUCCUCGAGAAGUAUGUCUCAGCCAUCUGGUCAAGCAUGUCAAAAAAAUGUAAAAGAUUUUGAAAAGGACAUAAAGGGACACACUUCAGCGGCUGUGUUUCAUCAGACUGGAGCAUUGGGGAAAUCGAAGGCAAAUGGAGAUGAGCGUAUAUCUGCUUCCAGAAGUGGGAAACAGAAUUCCUCUUUUCUCCCCAAAGAUGAGAAACAACCUCCAUCUGACAGCAAAAUACACAAGAGGAUGGAGAAUGAUGACCCUCCUCUGGCCAUCUCUCAUCCACUAGAGGAAGUCUUACCAGUGGCCAUGUUUAAUGACUGUGAAAAAUCAUUAUCAGGCAAAAUUACAACACAGGAUAUUCCAAACACAGUAGAAGCCUUUGAGCCAACAAAAGGCAAAUUUAUUACAGCAGUCAAAUGUGGAGCUUUCAAUGUACAAGUGGAAACCACAGAAAGCGUUUUCUGUAAAACAGGAGCACAGGUUCCCGUGAAAAAGCGAUGCCCAACAUGUCACCAGCGUUAUUCUGUUCAAGUACAGAGAGGCUCCAGAUCUCGGGGCCACUUCCCUAAACACAGUACUGUGUUAGCAGAAGGGUUAAAAUGUAAGGUUCCAUCUGCAUGCAAAAGAGAGGUUUCAAGAAGUGAUAUCCCGUCAAUAAGCAUAAGCAUUGUAGGUAAAGAAAUAAUGGUUGAAUAUGUAAGUAAAAAAAAGACCAUAUUCAUCAAUUUAUCUCAUCCUAAAAGCAUAGGAAAAUCGACAAAACACAGGAAAAGGUCCUUGAAUGGCACUAAAAAUGAACCUUGUCAGUCUCUUUCACAGUCUGCCAUAAAUCAUCCUGAAAACUGCAGGCUUGAAAACCAGAACCAGAGUUCAGACGGUUUGCAUGAUGCUCCCUGGAGUGUGAAUACUGCCCAGAAAGCGAAUUCAGACAAAAUUGUGGUUUCUCCAAGCUCACCUCUCAGGAGAGAGAAAAAGAAACUCAACACACAGCCUCUUCCCCCAGAUGAUUCUGAAGACAGGGAUUCUGCCACAUCUCAGCAGAAGGUCCUUCAAAUUAUUCUAGACAAUCCCCCAAAGCAACAUUUCUUCACAGCUGACUCUUGUCUUCCUACCUCGUCUGAAAUCUUAAGGACCACAAGUUUAAAUAAUAUGGAUUUAAGUGAAAGGUCUUUUGGGGAUUCUAGAGAUGUGGAUAAAGAGAGGAAAAACAGCUCUGAUGUCAGGGAAAAUAUCACCUCAGAUUCCCAAGUACAGCCAUGCACAGCAGAAACAAAUGGUCCCCUAAGUACUAUAGGUGCUGGAAUUCCCAUUAAGGAUGCCUCAGACUCUGAAUUUUGUUCUUUGACUUUUCUGACCAUGCAGCUCUUGGGAAAAGAAGCAACCGGCAUCAGCUGCAGAGGCGAUAGAACUCGACCAGCAGAAGGCUGUGCUAACUCAGGUUCUAUAUCUUUCCCUGUCAGUGAACACAUUUUGAACCCUUCUCCUUUGCUCAGUUCAUCUCACUGGGUCACCAGACAUUCAGAACUUGUAGAGACUCCCGAGAACACAGUUUCCUUUAGCCAAUAUGAUGGAGUUGAGACAGAACAGGAGAAAGUACAUGGUGAUAUGACUUUCAGAGACAUUAAUGAGGCUAUGUUACAUAGAGACUCUUCUGCAAACACACAGCUAUUGGAAAUGAAGAGCACACAGAAUCCAAUUGCCAGGCUUGCAUCCUGCAGCUGCUUAACUUCUAAGAGCCCAUGUCAUGGCAAUAUACACAGCUCUGUGGAAUGGGAUCAAACAGAGAGCUGUACAAAUCAUGUAGAGACGACAGUCCUCAGCAGAACAGAAAUGCCAGCCAUGGCCUCCAAAACUGGUGAAUUAGAGCAGAAAGUCACUACUCAAAAUUGCAGCGAAGGCACAGUUGAUUCUAAUUGUCCUGUGGGAAUAAGAAACCCUAGCGAGCCAGCAGGGUAUCUGGAAAAUGGUGAAGAUGACAACGAUCAGGCACCAACAGUGGUAAAGAGUACAUGCCGCAGGGAUUUUGAAAACCUAACUGGUGAGAAUCAGAAUGAAAUCUGUUCUCAAAUGGACUUGCCACCAGACUUCAUUGAGUCUGCCUGUACAGGACGUGCUACAGAAAAGCUGUUUCUUAUUGAUAAGACACUAAGCAGUGAGACAGCUCCAAAUAAUAAUGGAGGUGACAAAAGUCUUGGACUGAACGACUUCCAACAGGAGCCAGCAGAGUGCCAAAAAACUGCGUCAAGAGGAAACCCUGAAGAAAGUGAGAACAAACAUGACCCCACAGAAGCUUCCUCUCUCCCUGUGGAUGUAUUGCUGUUGCGACAGAAGGCUCUGAAAGACCAGAAUUUGGAAAACAAUAACCCCCGAAAGCUAUCGCAAGAAUUGGCUCUAAGAGGUGAAAGAGCCAGUGAUGGUUCCCAGGAAGAAGCAAUAGACCAGUGGGCCAGGAGGAGGCAGCAGUUCAAGGAUGGCAAGAGAUGCAGCUCGGUUGGGGGUAGUUCUGUCAUCAGCAACUUCACAGAAGGCUCCAUUACUUCAGAUGAUGCUCAUUCUGUGGAUUUUGGCUUUCGAAUUGAUAUUGAAGAGAAAGGAUUCUACACAGAGAAUUUUCAUUCAACAGCAUGGGUUUUCCGGGGUGAUGAUGGGAACCCUGAAGACAGCCCCAGGUGUCUUAGUAAAAAGCCAAGACCAGUAGCUGUUCGAGAGCGAACUGUGAGACUAUUCAAAGGAACCGGAGAUUAUCCCUGGGGAUUCCGGAUUCAGUUCUCCAAACCAAUCGUGGUAACUGAAGUGGAUACCAACAGUGCUGCUGAAGAAGCGGGACUCCAGAUUGGAGACGUGGUGCUGUCUGUCAAUGGCACUGAGGUCACCAGUGCUGAACACGCAGAAGCUGUGCACCUUGCAAAGAAAGGUCCAGACAUCUUGACGCUGGUGGUGGGAUCCGACAUAAGCCGCUGUCCUAACACUCCAUGGCCCACCUGUCGUGGUUACCUGCAUAAGAGGACUCACUCGGGCUUUGUGAAGGGCUGGAGGAAGAGGUGGUUCGUUCUGAAGCAUGAUGGCUAUCUCCUCUAUUACAAGCACAGAAAGGAUGAAGAGAAGUGGCCACCUCUAGACAUAAUAAAAUUAGAAGGAGCAGAAAUUGACGUUGACAGCAGCUUGGGAAAACCGUUUGUGUUUAACUGUAUACCCCAGUCUGGAAAUAGAAUAUUUUGCCUUUGUGCAACUUCAAACCAAGAGAUGAAAAGGUGGCUCGAGGCAAUGCACAAAGCAUCCCAUCCCAUACGUCAGAGCCACGUCUGGGAAGAUGUUACUCUUCACAACAGCAGCCUCCCACCUCUCGCUAUCAAGCAUCCCGAGUGUCUGGGCCUUCUGCACCAGCUGGAGAGAAGCACAGGGGUGUGGCUCCAACACUAUUGCAUUCUGAAGGACGGCUGCUUGUAUUUCUAUGCUAGCAUUCGCUCUACUCAGGCGUCAGGAGGCCUGUAUCUCCAAGGCUAUAGGGUGACUGAACAGACCCAUGGCUUUGAAAAGUCAGUAAUUGAACUCAAACCUCCAUCUGAAGAGUUCAAGACCUUCUAUUUCUGUGCAGAAAAUAAAACAGAAAAUCAGCGCUGGAUUACAGCUUUGAAAACAUCUAUCAAAAAAUGGCUUCCUCUGGACCAGGCUAUUCAAGAGUUCAUGAACAGACCUCUAGAGGAGACAAGAAUGUGA